GAGAGUUUAACAACAAUCCCCGUAAGCCAUUGAGAGCAUUGUUAUUUCACUUAGACUAUGAAUCUACCUACCUUUCCUACUACUAUUUACUACUACUACUACCACUACAACAAACUACUACUACUACUACUACUACUACUAUUACCACUAUUCUAAGCACGCACAGAGACACAUACACACUUACAAUUCAUCUCGUUUUUUCCCUCCCCACUAUCGAGUAGAUGCGAGUAGUAUGCGGAAGCCUUAGCUUUGAGUUUUUGGUAGGGUACCCGGACACCGAGACAGAUACAAUCCCCCCCCCCCUCCGUUUUCCGAGAGAACCAAACACUAGUUGGAAACGAAACAAAAAAAAACUUGAGAAAUUGUGUGCUCACUCUUUAAAUGGCGCUUCUAGCUAACAUUUUUUCCUUAGCAAAAGUUGACUACUACUAACACACUAUCACAUUCUUGCAAUGAGAGUAACUCAACAAUAACUCCGCGAGUAACGUGUCUUUGAACGUUUUCCAAUCCUCAACAUACUACGAAGCCACUUAGUAGGGUUGCCAUUGUUCAGUAGGACUGUCAUUGUAAUGCAUUCAACUCAUAUCAUUCUCCACAUUCAAUAGAACAGCUAGAGAGCUCCAAUAGAGAACGGGGAACUGGGAAAAGAAUGCUUAGGUAUCUGUUUAAGUCUGCAAAGCAGGAUCAUCGUGUGAACUUCCCAUGCAUCAGGCGCUAGCAGAGGCAGAAGCUAUCGGUAUCGGUUCAUCGAACAGCAACUACCACGAGAAAGACAUUCCUCAAGCUACAUCAGUAUCAGGUUGGUGCAAAGGUAAACGAAAAGUAAUUACUUCACUACGAAUGUGCACGGUGUGUGAGUUUGCAAGAGAGUGGUUUGAUUGUAUUUUCCAAGAGCACGUGUUUCAAGUGUGUGCAAUUUAUCUCUGGAGUGUCACAAAGUUGUGCUUUGAGCCAUGCCUGUUCACAUGGCAUGAACAGUGGAAAUGUUUCUAAUCCAUUCUCUCAGGUUUUUGGCGUUUGACAGGUGUCUUGAUAUCUGUCAAACUUUCAGCAUAACUUAUGGUGGAUAAAUGUGUGUGCUUGGUGGAAGAAGAAUGUCCAAAGCAGAAAGCAAUUGGAGCGAUCUUACAGCAGCGAUACCGCAUGGAACGACUACAAAUCAACGACCAACUCCGAUGUAGCUAACAGCUAAGCCAUCAUCAACCAUACAAAUUUCAAACUCCAAACAGGCUUUUUAGGAGAGGGCAUCCAUCAAUUGAUAGAUUUAAGUACACCCGCCAUCCUACACGCAAGAGCAUAACAAACACGAAAGAUAAAUCCCCCGAUACCCCGCCCUCCCCUCCAAACGCAAGUAACGCGCAUCGUCGCAGCCGCAGCCCGGGGCGCGACACCGGCCGAACGCCGGAAUAUAAAACAAAAGGAGAAAAACAAAGAUAAUAAAAUGAAAUGUUAACAAAUUUUUGAAAGGUUUUCUUGUUUUAUUUUGUAUUAUUAAAGAGGAGGAAGAGGAGGAAGAAGACGAAGAGUUAGAAGAAAAAAACAAGAAGCAACAGGAAGAGGCAGCCAUGCGAGAGCGGCGCACAGCUGGCGUAGUAAAUAAAUUAUAUUAAACAAAUCAUGCAACUAGAAGGCAGAAGGGGCGGGGAGUAGAUGGGUUGGAAAACUCCAACCCUCCCCGCACGAGGCAAUAACUGUCGCAAAACCUGUCCAAUUGUGCAGACAAAAAACAAAUGCCACCUUAAGAUGGGCAGCACCUGCAAGCUGACACAAAACAAGUUAAACAAACAGACAAACAAACAAACAAACCCAACAUCGAAUUGCGAGUAUGUUUCGUGGCCGGUUUGAGGCAAAAAAAAACAACAAAAAUAGACAAUGGAAGAUGGAAAACGACGCGUGCAUAAUAGGCGAAGCUAACCAUUCUUGACGAAAAUGCUUCAACAGUUCGAACAAACAUUUUCUAACAUUAACAAAAUCCCACCCCCGGUUCCUUACUUAGGCUUGCGUUUCGCCGACAAAGAGAUGGUCAAUUGCUAGGCUAUUUAUAGACGCUGUUAUUGGUGCAAAUGCAAUGCGCUUUCUUCAUCUUGAUCACGCUAUUAAACCUUUCCUUUUUGCGCAUCAAAUUGCAAACGCCCCGCAAGAGGAAGCCACGCAGAAGGAAGGGUGGGAGAGGAAAGUGGCAAAAAAAGAACAAUUUAUAAAACGCCAGCUACUAGGAGAAAACAAAAUAAGAAAUCGUACAUAUCUGUUGAGACGUGUGCAUGCUGUUGUUGUUGAUGUUACGUUUUUGUUUUUCAGCAUUCAGCACGUCUUCAAUACGGUGCUGCAAUCACACACACACACACACACACACACACAAACACACAUAAACACUCGCUGGGUGCGGUGGGGAUAGCCCCUCGGAAGCAAUGGCCUUGAUGCGCUUUCAACCGGGCUCCAGGCUUUCAUGGCACAAGGAAAGGCGCACGUUUUAUCGUUCCGCGUUGCCAUUACGUUGUAAUGCUCUAUGCUAACGCUACUCUAUUGGCAGAUUAUUGUUCGCUCAAGAACUGUUGAACCGCAAAACAACACAAAUCGUAGCAAAAGACACGAAGAAAGAGUCAUACAAAAAGAAGAAGAAGAAAAUAUGGAACAAAGCAGAGCAACAUUGAGAAUGUAUCAGUAAGACGUGGAAACAGACGGAAAUGUUCUAAUACAGAAGAAGCAGAGCAAAAGAACAUACUCAGAAAAGAAAACGAACAAAAACCAAACAAA